GUCGGGGGGCUGACUCAGCGUGUGUCUCCGGCCCAGGGUGUGGACACUGCACUGUCUCUACUCCAUCGCACUGUGGCUACUGUAUGUAAACCACGGCUCCUCCUUGUGUGUACUCAUACACACAAGGAAUCUUCCAUUUUUUUUCCUUUUUUCAUACAAAGAUGCCAACAAGGGCCCUAGUCAAACAAGGAAGGCUCCAGCUUGAACUGCGGCUGUCUAGGCGAGCGUGUCUAGUCUACAUAGCUGGCUGCCUUGCUCGCCGCUGGGUCGGGGUCAUGCUCCCCAAGUCAAACCUGCGGUCAAGGAAGAUGUCUUUCAGCCGGGCAGGUGCUGUCUAAAGAAGAGAACUCAUAAAUUCAUUCUUUGACUUUGACUCUUUCAAACCAAGUCCUUGUAUUCACAAGGCUCCAAUGUUGGUGCCAGGGUGUAAGACAUGGAUCUGCUGCCUUACUCUCGCUGUUCUGGUAGUGUCUGUACGUCAUACGGAUGGAUCGGCCGGCCCAUCCGGGCCGAACGUGUUAGAAAUUGAAAUGGCCCCCCUACCUCUAGUAAUGCCUGGAGUAUGGGACGGUCAGCAGUCAACCAUUCCGCCUUCUAACGCUGUGAAUGUAGAAAAAAGUGGACAUGACCAUACCCAAACUGGGGCAGAGGAGAAGGAGGAAGGAGCACCACUCGGGAUGGACCUCCAAAAGCUGGAGGAGCGCAGGAAGAAGAGAGGAGCCUGGGGCAUGAGGAGACACGCUGCUACUGUUGAGGCCACUGCAUACAGACUGGCGGGCUUGGGGCGACCCCUAGCGGGCUGGAAGAAGCACAACAGUAAGAAUCAGCUAACUGGGGCCCUGAUGUCUGUACUAAAAGAGCUUCAUACAGAAAAAAACCGGCUGCUGGACGCAGAACAAAACACAAAGGGCAAGAAUGAGGAGGAAGAGGAAGAGGAUGAUGAUGACGAUGAGGAUGAUGACGACGAGGAGGAGGAGGAGGAGGAGGAGGAGGAGGAGGAGGAGGAGGAGGAGGAAGAAGAGGUUUGGGUUCUUGCAAUGAUCUUAAAAACAAAGGGCACUGCGGCAUAUUCAUGA